CUUCGCUCACUUUAUUUUUAAUAGAAAAACUUGUUAACCUCAAUAAAAUGACAAAAUUAACAUAAUUUAGUUUUUAUUACUUAAAGAAUAAAGAGCAAUGGAUGAAAAACCAUUAGAUAACUUGCUAAUAAAAUUAGGAAAAUGGGGCAAAUUUCAACUGGUUUAUUAUUUAUGUUUAUGUCUUGCUGUUAUGUACACAGUAUGCCAAAUGAGUUAUAUUUUUACUGCGAGAGAUAUAAAAUACAGGUGUUUUAUUUCGGAGUGCGAGAAACCAUCAAAUACAUUUAAUCCUGACUGGUUAAAGGAUUAUGUUCCCUUCAAAAAUGGGUUACCAAACAAAUGUCUUUAUUAUGAAAGAAUUAAUGAAACGUGCUUUUCUCCUCUUGCCAAUCAAAAUUCAACAAAAACAUGUAAUAAUUUUAUCUACGAAAGAUCAGAAACAACAAUUGUACAUGAUUUCAAUAUACACUGUGAUAAUAACUUAUGGAAACUAACAAUCGUCGGAACGAUCAACGUUAUUGGUGAAUUAAUAUGUCUGUCAUACUCAGGAUUUAUAUCAGACAGAUUUGGUAAAUCCAGAGUAAUGACCAUCAGUAUGCUCAUGAGUUCCUGUAUUGGUAUGAUUAAAUCAUUUUCUACGAGUUACACAUUUUUUAUUUCAUUGGAGUUUUUGGAAACAGCAUUUUGUUCUGUUACUUAUGGAGCUGCAUUUAUAUUAGCAAUGGAGGUAGUACCAAGUAACCAAAGAAACAUCGGCAACAUUGCAAUAAGUUGCAUAUUCACAUUGGGUCAAAUCCUUUUGGGUGUUGUAGCAUCUGUAACGCCGAACUGGAGAAUACUUCUUAGGUGUAUGUACUUACCUGGGCUGCUAUCAGUUUCAUUUUUCUGGCUUAUACCGGAAUCAUUGAUGUGGCUGAUACAUCAGGGGAAACAUGAAGAAGCCAAAAAAAUUAUACUAAAAAUUGCAAGAACAAACAAUACAGAAUCUAAUGUGGAUGAGGAAUCCAUAAAUAAUAUUAUAAUGAAACUCAAUACCAAUACCGACGAAGCCGACAAGGAGAAGGAGACGUUUUUGACAGCAAUCCAAAACAAAACAUUACUUUUGCGCACAAUUACUUGCUCGUACAUGUGGAUUUGCUGCGUUUUUAUUUACUACGGGCUCACGAUUCACUCUGUGGGAAUCACAGACAAUAUUUACUUAAGCUAUAUCUUCACCGUCUCCAUUGAGAUACCUGGAUUUGCUGUAUACUAUUUGAUAGAUGACAAAAUUGGACGAAGAAAAGUUAUGCUUGUUACGUUGGUUUUAAGCGGGGUAUUUUGUUUUGUUGACGAGUAUAUUCCCGAGGAAUACUUCUGGUGCAAAUUGAUUGGAUUUUUGAUGGGAAAAUGUUUUAUAACUAUAGCCUUUGCAGUUUUGUAUGUCUAUACCACCGAAAUAUUUCCUACAUGUGCAAGACAUUCUAUGUUUUCUUUAUGUUCGAUGUUUGGAAGGAUUGGUUCGAUACUAGCGCCACAGGUGCCCUUACUGGCUAGGAUAUCAAAAUCACUGCCACUAUUUAUUUUCGCUAUACUGGCCGGAACUUCAGGAGUCUUAUCAUUGUAUUUACCGGAAACUCUCAACACUAAGCUUCCAGAAACAGUUGAAGAAGCCGUGAAUAUUGGAAAAACAAAAGAUUUAAAUUUCUCCUCAUGUAAUACUGUACUGUUGGAUCAAAUUAAAGCAUGAAUAUUAUUAUUUUUACUUACCAACGAUUUAAUCCAGAGUAAAUGGUAGGAUGGGGGGUAAGGUGAUUGAAAGCCAAAAUAAAUAAAACAGAUUAUAUUUGUAAGUGUUGUAUUGUGAGGUUGUUGCAAGAGUUUCGCCAUUUCGGCGUCACCUUACAAAAAAGAUUACAAAUUGAAAUUAACCAAACAACCAAAAUUGACCAAGAAGACACACACAACUACUGACAAAUGAGCUGUAAAAAUACACUUACACAGUCGGAAACGGACUGAGUUAAAAUAUCUGCAGUUCAAUAAUGUUUUUUUAUUAUUUAUUUAAUUACUUGAUACAUUAAACCGUUCAUUCUGACACCAAUACAGAAAUAACAUUCAUCCAUAAACAAGUUAAUAAGAAAACGAACUUUAUGCAGCAGCCACUUGUUUAAAAUACAUCAUCGAAGGAUGUAACUUAUUUUUUAAGUACAUACAUUUAUGUAUGUUUUUAAUUAAAAUUUAUCUUCACUAUACAAAAUUGAUCCUAAUGCAGGGUUACAUUUCCUGACAUAAGUGAUUCACUAUUGCAAACAAUCGUUUUGGUAAAACUGGAGGUGACUUUCCCAAUGAGUCGAUACUUUACUUAAUCCUUAGGAACAAAAAGCUUUAUUAUUAAUAGGAAUUACAUGGAUACAUAAUCAAAAUAAAUACAAGAUAUUUUAAGUAUCAAGCCAAGAAGAAAGCGUCCAACUUUACAAACACCUUUGUUUUUUAAUGCUUCUAAAUAUGAUAUUUUAAACUCCAUCAAAAGGUUGCGGAAUCAAAAAUGUAUGUAAGAUUUCAUAAAAUUUAAAAUUUAAACAUAUCACUUUUGACCAUAACCUUUGCGGUUUUUCUUUUUCACAAACAACAUAUAAGUUAAAAUAUUAAUUAAAAAAUCUCAUACUUCAACCUCCCAAUAAAAUACAUUAUAUUUACAAUUCGGUUGAUUUCAUCAACCAAACAUGAAAUGGAGUAGUUAUUUUUUUAAUGCAGUUUAAAAACGAAGAUUUUUCAGCUUUGUAAUAUACACUGCGCGUCAAAAUUAACGCAUAACAAGUAAAAAAAAUCCAACUCUAAAACGCCUUUUUGGAUAAAAAUUCUUUAACUUAUAUCUCUGUUCACUGUUCAAUAAUAAAAAACGCUCGAAAAAAAACUUUUAUAGGGAAUUUAAGUAAGUAAAAAAUAUGCUGUGAAAGACCGUAUUUUUGUUAGUAUACCCUGUUGUAGAAAUCAAACGAACAGUAAAGAUAAUACAGCGCUUUAAAGUCGUCAAAAAUGACCACUUUUCAGAAAAAUAAUCAAAAAGGGGUCAUUUUUACCGACUUUGAAGCGCUGUAUCUUCGUUACUGUUCCUUUGAUUUGUAAAAGAUUUUCAGGGUAUACUAACAAAAAUACGGUCUAUAACAGCAUACUUUUAUUUACUUAAAAAAAAAUUCCCUUUAAGUUGAAGUAUGUUUACACACAAUUUCAUAAAUAUUGGUAAAGGCGUUUUAGAGAGGAAUUUUUUACUUAUUAUGCGUUAAUUUCAACAAAUAGAAAGCUGAACAUCUUGUGAACCAUAAAUGCAAUGAAAACUAAGAAGUAUGCGUUAAAGAAUUUAACCACCCCAUCUGACUACACACUGAUGUUAAAAUACUGAACUAAAACAACUUUUGCAGUACCUAUGUACACAUAAAAAUUUUCGUUAAAUAAAAAAUUGGGGUUGGCAUGAGAUUUUAACAAGGUUCCCGGACCGUUUAUAUUAAACUCCGUUUUUUUGGCCAAUGAGAUAAAAUAAUGGUGCCAGAAUAUAAAACAUAAAAAGAGCUGUGAUGUUACUUCUGCUAACUGUACAAAUGAGCUGCCUUUUUUUUUUCAUCGAGAACCAUAAACAUUCGCUCUAUAGAGGUACCUAUGGUAGAGGUUCCACAAUUUCGUUUUCAGAUUGCACGGGAACGAUGCAACAAUGCGGACGGUCGCGAGCUUGUUGUGCCAACACUAACGCUUGUUUUUUUUCUACUACGUUGCACUAUUUUAUUGCAACCAAUUGUAUGGUCCCUUUAGUGAUUGCAUGACAACCUACGUGACCAAAAGUUUCCUUGUUUUAUCUCACUCCUUUAAAAUGUCGCACUAGGCCGCACGCAGAAAGCAUAGGAAGUUUUGAGGCACCUGGCAACACUGUUUAGUUUUAAGUUUACUUAGGUCAAGUAAAACCGUCGCAUGUUUUUGACAGUUCUGAUAUUUCUUCGUUAAACUUGGAUUAAUAAAGCCAAAAGCUUCUAGAUUUAUAAUUUUGGAUGUUUGUAAAAAGUCGGUAAUUCUCACAAAAAUGCCUUUUUGAACUGCAAAAGUGAUUUUUUGGACUAAGUUAAACUCUUAAUCCGACCCAUAUGAAAUAAGUUUUUAUUUUAUAUAUAACACGCAAGUUUUUAUAACUUUGGUAAUAACUGAUAAAAAAAAUAAUUUACCAGAUGUAUGAAAGAGUGCAUUGGAAAAUUUUGUAUGCACUUUCCUGCUAUUUAGCCUAGUCAAAUGAUAGUUUAACUUGGAUAAAAAUCCCAGGUAGGAUAACGGAAAAACUGUGAAAUUUUCAGAAAAAUUGUCUUUUGCAUUUUUCAUUUUAUUCAAAAGGUAAUGCAAAAGUAAUUUUUUUUUAAUUUUCCAAAUUAUUUCGAAAAAAGUGAAUUUCCGACACUGAAUAUAAUCAAAUAAUAUUAGGAUAAACAUAAUAAUUAUUCCUUUUAUUUUAAUUCAGUAAGAUUCUAUUUUUUCUACCGGGCCGCAAAAAGAACAUAUUUGGUGUAUACUUAACAGAACUUUAAUUUUAUUUGAGACUUACACGAUUUAUAAAAUUAUAAUUUUGUAAUUUUAACUUUAAUUCAUUAUUUUGUAUUUGGAUAUUUUUAUUGGACUUCUUUUUGCAAAACGUUUACUUUUAUUUUCUUAAAUCAAUUUAAUUUAGGUUUUUUCUGUAAUAAAGGAUAUUUUUAAUAAUGUUAAGAUGUUGUUUUUUUUUUAAGAUGUGUAUAUUUUCAACAAAAAAAAUCAAUGUUUCCCAAAAAAGCCAAAUUUUCCAAGGCCUUCAAAAAAAACGAAAAAAACGGAUUUUAUUUUUACAAAAUUUGACGUAAAAUCAAUUGUUUGCGAUAUAAUAAAGAAAACCUUUGACCUCUGAUAUUUGGCAACGCUUGGGACUUUUGAGACAUUAAUACUGGCGCCCACAUAAAAAAUCUUACCUAAAUAAAACUUGACUGGGCUAAAUGGCAAAGUUUCCGAUGGUCUAGAUGUAAGAAAAUAUCUUUCCAAGUGUUUUUCCAAUGCAUCAAUACAUCAAUGGAUUUGUGGCCAAUUUUAUUAAAUUUUUUGAUCAAUUAUUACCACUUAUAAAAAUUCAAAAAUGACCUUUAUAAGGACCGCCCUAAUAAAAACAUUUUUACGAAAAAAUAGUAUAAAAAUUACCCAAAAUGUUAUAAAAUUAAUAUUUUUCAAAAAAAAGUAAUUUUGCAAUAAAACGUUGAUAACAAGAUUGUAAGAUGUUGUAAUUAAAGUUUUAUUGCAAAAAUGAGUUUUAAAGCCCAAAAAAAUUUUUUUUUUAAACAUCAAUUUUAUAAAAUAAAAGUAUCACUUUUUAAUUUAAAAUUAAUCGUAAAAUUGUGUUUAUCGCAAUAAAAAUCGACUAUUUCCCAAAAUUUAGAACUUAAUAAAUAUUUAGUGUUCCCAGACUUUUUUUUUUUCAUAGAAAUAAAAAACUGCAUUUUUACUUCCUUUGUCAAUCCUAAGUGAACUUUUGUGUUAAACUUAACCUAAAAACGUGUAAGAUGUCCCAAACAUAUUUUGUUUGUACAAAUCGUUACUAUCCUUUGGUGCCUACGGCCGUUAAUAAUAUUAAAUAUAAUAAUAAUAAUAAUGAUAAUUUGUCACUGGUUUCAUUUUUGCACUUAAACGAAAGAAUACUGACUUGGAGAGAGAUAUGGCACCGUCAUUUUUAGGUUACUUCUAUUGAUAAAUUAAAACUAGAUUCCUUUUAUGUGAAUUGUACGUUUCCCGAAAUUUGCGACUUCACUUUCUGUAGAAAAUGAUCUCCAUAGAAAAUCGAUUUAUUACUUUCUAUAGAGAUCAUUUUUUAUAGAAACUAGUCGCAAAAUUCAAGCUUUUGUAACUUUUCUCAAGCUGUCUAUAAAAGGGGAAAUCUUGUUUUGAUUUUUCCUCAGUUUCGUGCCCUAAAUGUCCAAAAUGAAUGGGCCAUGGUCUAAGAGAGGGAGAGAGAGAGGGUUAGAUGAAGAGACAGAAAGAGAUUCUAGGUUUAUAAAUUAACUAUCAUCACUGGUUCACUGCUGGUGAUUUUUUGUCGGAGUCCUGGUUGGAGGGCGUGUUGGCUUGCGAGGGGCCGCCCCUGUCGCCGCCUCCCCACGAGUUCGAGCCCGCCAUCGGCGAGUCGGCGUGGAAGCCGUGGUUGUCGUGGUCCAGCGAGUUUGCCGCGUCGUACUGCGUGUUUUCCAAUCGGGUGAUCAGCCGUUCGUCUUCGUCGCCGAAUUCGCCGCCCAUCAGCGACGGCUCACCCACCACCAUCACGUCCUGCGG